GUGUGUGUCAGAUCGGAUCUGUGCAGCGUUCACUGUAUCCGUGUUUCCUGGUGUUGCUGAGUGUAUCAGACUUCACGGCGCUGACAGGAGGGAGGAGGGAAACACAGAGCUGGAAGUGACUGUGAGGCUUUGUGGGGAUUCGGACCACACUGGAUUCAGAAGAUCCAGAAUCUGCGAACACACGCGUUUCCUCUGUGAAGAUUAAGCUCCUCCGGCCGCUCGGGGGGAACCGGAGUCGGGAUCUGGAUCUGGAUGAGCUUCCCAGCAGAAGCGCGUUAUCCUUAUCGCUCUGACAGACUGGAUCUGUCGGCCCGUCGGCCCAUAGCUGGACUUCUGGACGUUCGGUUUUUCACUCCGUGCUGUUGAGCGGUGUCCCUACUUUUUUAAGACUUUUCUAUUUUUUAUUAGAGGUCUUCAUGAGCGCGAACCCGACGAGCUACAGCGAGGGUUCCUUGACUUUCGUUUGAGGGAUCCGUUAUGCAGUUUUGGGUUUUUCCUCCAAGGAUCACGGUCGCUCGGUGGUGCGAGGAGGAUUUGAUCUCUACGCCAGUUUAAAAAGCUUUACAGCCGGGCUGUGUCUCAUUCAGACUCUCUCUGACAUGCGUCUCUUCCUCUUGGAGCCUUCAAGCUACCGGUUUACUUGAUUAGAGAAGUUCCAGCUCUGUAACCUCUGCAGGUUUCCGUGUUCGCCGAUCGUACGGGUACAGGUGAACCGAGAGCGUUCCUGCCGGGGCCCGCGGUGCAGACCAGACGCUUCCCGGCUGCUUCGGCCACUUAUGUAUUGUUGCAGUGCGCAGGAAAGCAAAAUGGACUGGAGAAUGGAGAAGCGGCGCUUCUUGCUUGGCGGGUCCAAGCAGAAAGUCCAGCAGCAGCAGCAGCAGCAGCACCAGCAAUACCCGCUGCCCGAGCUCAGCCGCACCCUCAGCGCGCCCAUCGGGACCUCCUGCUCCGCCCCUUCCCCCCUAUCGAGCGUGGGCGGCGUCCCUUCCGGUUGCCACGACGUCCCGGGCGGCGGAAACGCCACCACCGCCAUCGCCGACAUCCAGCAGGGCAUCUCCAAAUACCUGGACGCGCUGAACGUCUUCUGCCGCGCCAGCGCCUUCCUGACCGACCUCUUCGGCAGCGUGUUCCGCAACUCGCGCUACUCCAAGGCUGCCACGCAGCUGAAAGACGUGCAGGAGCACGUGAUGGAGGCGGCUGGCCGCCUCACCGCCGCCAUCAAGCCGGAGAUCGCCAAGAUGCUGAUGGAGCUCAGUGCCGGCGCCGCCAACUUCAAGGACCAGAAUGAUUUCAGCCUGCAGGACGUCGAGGUGCUGGGUCGCUGUUUCUUGACCGUGAUGCAGGUCCAUUUCCAGUUCCUGUCCCAGGCGCUGCAGAAGGUGCAGCCAGUGGCGCAGUCGUGCCUGGCAGAAGCGCUGGCGCAGAUGCAGGAGCGCUGUACAGGGGCCCGCUCGCAGCCCGGACCUCUGAGUGAGCUGGAGGAGGCGGCGCGCUCGUGGAAAGGAGCUGCGGAGGCGACCGCACGUUUACGGGAGCGAGGGCGCGACGGCUGUCUGGCUGGAUUUCAGGUGCAGCAGCUCUUUUGCUCCCACAGCCCGUCUCUCCCCGACCAGCAGCUCAAAGAGCUCAACCUGAAGAUCAACAGCGCUCUGCAGGCGUACAGGACUGCGCUGGACUCUCUGGGCCACUGUGAGUACGCCAUCAAAGGAGGCUUUCACCUGAAACCCAAAGCUGUAGAAGCCGCACUGCAGGGUUGCUGUAGCGAGGCCGAGGCCCAGCAGGCAGGUCGGAUGCAGACCACGUCUCAGCCGCUUCAGUGCGAGUUACCCACGAUCCCCCUGCAGAUCGGCUCACACUUCCUCAAAGGGGUCUCCUUCAACGAGUCGGCCACGGACAACCUGAAAGUGAAAACGCACGCCAUGCUGCAACUGAUCAAGGACGCCACGGGGCAGAACGGGGUGUCGGCGCGAGACGACUCGCCCGUGACCGAAGUGCUGAACCUGGUGUGUCCCUCCAACUGGAGGGGGGCCUGCAAAACGGCCGUGCAGCUGCUGUUCGGACAAACCGGGCUGGUCGUGGUGGACACAGCACAGAUCGAGAAUAAGGAAGCGUACGCACCCCAGAUUACUCUAGAAGGAUCCAAGAUCGUCGUGCAAGUUCCCUCCACAUGGUGUCUGAAGGAGGACCCGGCCACCAUGUCUCUGCUGCAGCGCAGUCUGGACCCAGAGAAAACCCUCGGUCUGGUGGAUGUGCUUUACACCACUGUCUUCGAUCUCAACCGCUGGAAGGAACGCAAAGAACAAGCUCUACCCACCAUCCAGAUUCAGCUACAAAGAGACGCGUCCGAUUACGGCGUCCCCGCCGAACUCCACCCCUGCAACAGCAGCAAACCCUCCGGCGGUUUGCCCAGAACCAUUUCCAAACUCACUUCCAAAUUCACCAAAAAAGCCUCGUCCAGCUCAGGCAGCGGCGGCAGCUUCUCCAUCCCCAGCACCCCCUCUCGCAGCGGCAGCUGUGUGGACGACAAGCCCAAAGUGCAAACCCAGCUUCUCCAAAUGACCCUGGCCGGUACCAUUGACCCUGGGCAGCAGGCGUCCAGCUUUUUAAGCCCAGACGAGCAGGGCAUGAACCUGCCCACGGACCAGGAGAUGCAGGACGUCAUCGACUUCCUCUCAGGCUUCAACAUGGGCAAGUCUCAGCAGGCCUCGCCCAUGGUCAAGAGAAGGAACUCGGUGGCGUCCAGCAACGCGGCCGAACUGAAACCACCCGCGCCCACUUCCCAGGCGUCUGUUCUGCACGCCGCAAUCCCACUGGGAUCCCAAAAUCUGCCUCAACCGCAGCAGCAAGCGCAACCUCAACUCCUGACCACACCCAAACAGCAGCAACAAAGCACAGUUCCUCCUCAACCUCAGGCGCAGCCCCCCGCGCCCUCCCCGCAAACCCUGCAGUUCUACCAGCACCUGCUGCAGCAAUCCCAGCAGCCCCCGCCCGUCUCGCCCCAGCUGCCCUCUCAGCAGCCCCAGCCUCUUCCCCCGCAGCAGAGGGCACCUGGAAAGUGGCCCCAGGCUCCUCCGGGCGGGCUCUCGCCCCUCGCUCACAUGACUCAGUGGACGCUGCCUGACCUGAGCUCGGAUCUGUACAGUCUGGGAUUGGUCAGCACCUACAUGGACAACAUGAUGUCGGAGGUGUUGGGGCACAAGCCGCCGCCGGGACCACGCAACAACACCUGGCCGAAUCGUGACCAGAGCGAGCAAGGCUUGUUCGGGCUGCUGGGAGACACCAUGCCAUUCGACCCUGCAGUCGGCUCAGAUCCGGAGUUUGCGCGGUACGUCGCCGGGGUCAAUCAGGCCAUGCAGCAGAAACGCCAGGCGCAGCACGUUCGUCGUCCUAGCAACGCCCGUAGCAACUGGCCCCUCCCUGACGACCAGCACCGGACCUGGUCUCAUCCAGAGUACUACAGCGAGGGGGACGCCGUGAACAGUACCUGGUCGGCCAAUCAGGGCGACUCCGCCAGCUCGAGCGACGAGACCUCCUCGGCCAACGGGGACAGUCUGUUCUCCAUGUUCUCCGGUCCUGACCUGGUGGCUGCAGUCAAGCCAAGACGGAAACACAGCUGUGGUGAGCAGGAAGUGUGUACGCUGCCCUCUCCUCCUCUUCAUCACGCCAGUGAUGAUAAUAACCAGGAGAGCAAAACUAAAACGUGGCCCCCGAAGGCCCCGUGGCAGCACUCCUCACACUCGAACACCAUGCCCAAUCCCAGCUCUUCCCUCUUUCAGAUGAGCAUACCUUCCAGCCAAUGGGGCGAGUCCAUGCAGAUGCUGCAGUCUCCGGUGUGGUCGACGGCCAGCGAGUGCCCUCCCUCCUCCGGGGGCCUGACGUCCAGCUUCCCCUUCGCUCAGCAGCAGCCGCAGCAGCAGCAGCAGGUCUCGCAGCACAAAGCGCCGAGCAAAAGCUUCAAGAACUUCCCUCCGAAACCUGAAAAUCGACCCUCUUACCUGCACCAGUACUGAGCCCGGAGAGCCCGACACGCCACCGCUGCUGCCAGCCAGCCAGCCUGGCGCCUUCUGGUCGCUCCACAGAGACCAGGAUCACGCUGGGAUGUGACGGUGAAGGUUUGCGCUAUAUAGACUGAGCCUAGAUUAGCUUUUAAGGGUGACCUGUGAAUAUUAUGUCGUGUCUGGAGCUGGGGUGGGAUUACAGGUGAUUAAAAGAGUCUCUGUGCCAAGGAGCCGUGUUGGACGGGUGUUACCAGAACACUCCUGCACCUGUAAUGCCACCCUGUACCGAAAUCUAGCCAAAAUUUAUAUAUAGUGAGGGGACGUCUGAGGGGAGUUGCUCGCUGGGCGUCUACACAGACGAUCGGCUGUGUCUGAGGGAGGGAUGGCCUUGGUAUGAAACGCUGGGCACAAGACAGACAAUCGGAGUGCCUCAGCCAGACAGACACACCCGUUCACGUCUGUGUGGACGCCCAGCCGGCCGAUAGUAUAACAGAAACGAAAGCCGCUCCUGGACUUUUAUUGAUUAGCGAGUCUGCGUGGAGAUUUUUUGAUUGGUUCUCUCAGCACAAGGAAGCGGAUUAUUAUAAUAAAUCCAGGCAGAUUCGCGCGAGAAAAGCCGAAUUAAUCCCGCGAAUCUCUCUCUCCGUCUCACUGUUCGCUCGCGGCGCUCGAGCCCGUUACGAAACCGUAGCCGACUCGUUUCUUUCAGCCCCGUACCGACUACCAACUGUUUUGCUCGUCCUUUAGAUCAUUUUUCUAGGCAGAUUUGUACAAUUGUGGCAUCUUUGUUUUUUUUUCGGUAUGUUAAAUCCCGACCUCAGCUACGACGAACAUUUCCCUAACCGCCAUCCGCUGCGUUCGCUGUUUGGUGCAUGAUCCCUGCUUCAGCAGCUACUCGGACCGUCACGUCAGUCCAGAAAUAGAGACAGAAAGAACACACACAAGAAUUGCGGUUAAUAGAUCGACUCUCGGAGAGAACUGGGUGACGAGCACGACUGGUAAACGGCGUCCAGCUCGGCGUGUCGGCGGGGGAGGGGGGGUAAAUAUGACAGAAAAAGCUGUAACUGCCAAAUGGGAUCACCUACAGCUCCUCCUAGCUACUGUUUCAUAGCUUGUAAAUGACUGGGAUGAAAAAAAAAAGAUAUAUAUAAGUAAUACUUUUUAUGAAGAAGCUUUGAGCAGGCUCAGCAGAAAUCUAAUAAUCCUAGCAGAUGUAAUUAAAGAAAGAAAUAACACUACUUUUUCAACCUUCCGGCGGACGGUUCGGGACGUCAGCAGCGAGUAAACGAUGUGCCAUGUUGAUAUGAAUAAGCACUUGCGUAUUAUUAUUUUUUUCUUCAACCAAAGCGUUGUUCGAAGCGGGGGAACGGUGCUUAAUAGAGGCAGAUGCAUUCUGGGAAUUCUAGUGACCUUUAAUGACGAGGGCUUCGUGCCCCGGCUGCGUUCGAAACGCCGCAUUACUACAAUCCGUACUAUCUAGUAUAUAGUGAACGCUUCUCUUAUAACAGUCGGGUGAAUCUCAGCAGAGCUGCCAUCCUGGCCAGGCGUCCACACAGACUACGCGAUUGGCCGUGUAGGUCGGACGAGGUUCCCGGGACUAGUACAGUUCAAGCCCCCUAGUUUACCAGGUUACCACUGUUGGGCCCUUGAGCAAGACCCUUAACCCUCAAUUGCUCCAAUUAUAAAUGCCAAAAAUAUAAAUGUAAACCAGCUCUCAGAAACUGGGUCUCUCACAAUAGUGAAUCAAACAAGGGCAGUUGUAGCUUAGUAGUUAAGGUGUUGGACUAGUAAUCAGAAGGUUGCCAGUUCUAGCCCCCUAAUUUACCAGGUUGCCACUGUUGGGGCCCUUGAGCAAGACCCUUAACCCUGCUUGGAUUGUAAAUGCCAGAAAUGUAAACGUAAACCAGCUCUCGUGCAGUUACCUCGAGCAGCCAGCAGAGGGUGCAGCUGCAGCAGCAAUAAGAAGCCUGCUUAACCUCGCUCCCUUCCUAGACGCAGCCAUUCGUGUCUGUGUGGGUGCCCGGCCGGUCGAUUGAGUGCUUUACGAGCUGGAUCAGGUUGGUCUGAAGGAUUUUUAUUGUGUAGAGCAGCGAACCUUCAGUCUGGAGCUGGUGCACUGCAUACUGGUGUGGUAUGGAUGGUAUGGCGUUUCGAAGGCGGCCUCUGUUCUGAUCUGAUCUGUUCUGUUCCUUUUAACCUCUACAGUCAGUUUUCUGAUCGGCUGUUUUCUUCCGAAUGACACUAACUCUAAACAAAUCAGCAUAAUGUUUCUUUAAAUACCGUAUAUUUCUUCAAAUAUUGACAGUAUUAAUCUUAUUUUUGUAUUUUCUUAUGUUAUACCAUAACUGUAUGUGUAAACAUUAUAUUGGCUUAUUAAGUAAAAACCUUUUUUUCUUC